AUGGCAGUAAUUGGACAGCUUCUAGAGAAAUCAUCACCACACUUUCAUCUCCUUCUUCAUUUCCAGAUGAAAUCACUCGUUUUCCUCUUCGCAACCGUCUCCUGCACCCUCGCGAUCGGCUUCACACAGUCGGUCGCCGUCAAGGGAAAAGUGAUUUGUAACGACGAGCCGGCCAGGGAUGUCCGCAUAAAAAUGUACGACAAGGAUCUGUGUAAGUGCCCCCGAGCAUUGUGUUCCAGACAACAAUUUUGGCAUUGCAGUGGUCGACACCAAGUUGGACGAUAAAACUAGUGAUAGCAAUGGAGAGUUCUACGUCACCGGAGGAGAUUCUGAGGUAAAACUUUUUGAUAUGAUACAAUUGAAAAGUUACACAAACAUUUUUAGAUUAGCUCGAUCGAUCCGCGAGUGAACAUCUACCACGAUUGUGACGACGGAUGGACGGUCAGUUCUGACUCAGUUGUAUACCAUUUUAUAAGGUCCUAAAACUUUUAAGGACGUUUUUUUUAGGGACGGUUUAGACUUUUAGGCUAAAAGUCCUUAAACCCUCCAAUUAGGAGUUGAUAAGAGUGUUGCGUGUAAUUCAGUCCGUGUGCCCCGAUGGCCGAGCGGUCCAAGGCGUGAGUCUUAUGAACUCAUUCGGGUUAUUCCGAUCGCGGGUUCGAAUCCCGCUCGGGGCAAUGAUCUUUUAACACGUUUCUGUAGAAUUUCUCUUGGGAAAAAGGCCUUAAAGAGGGAUCACGCUAUUUCCAAAUGUUUUUACAUUGAUCGACGAAAAAUUUCAGCGAGAAAUCCUCGUGGACCACAGUUUCAAAAUCACUUUUAAAGCCGUUAGAGUUUAAAAACAGUCCCAGAAAAGGCCUCUCGGAGACUGUGGUCCACGAGGAUUUCUUGAUCUCGCUGAAAUUCUGCGUCGAUCAAUGUAAGAACAUGAACACUUUUGGAAGUAGCGAUGUCCCCCUUUAAACGAAUAGUUCCGCAUUCCGCAUUCCGAAAUCUCUCAACCGUACUGAUCGUUUCUCAACUGACAACUGAUCCAUUUCAGCCUUGCCAACGUCGCCUGACCAUCGGAGUUCCGGACAAGUACAUCACGAAUGGGGACAAGCCGGCGAAAGUGAGUUCAAUGCAAAUGCGCUCCACCGAACUGCUGCCCUUUUUCUCAGGUCUUCGAUCUCGGAACCAUCCAAUUGGCCGGAAAGUGGGCCGGAGAGACUCGCGAUUGCAUUCACAGGCACAAGUAG